AGGUCAAGGCUAGGGGCGGGGCCGGCCCCUGUGGUCCACUGUGUGGGGGCCCAGGGCGGGCUGUAGCCUAGCAGCGCCCCGCCCACGGCCCUCCCUCCCGGGUCCCCAGCAGAGCCGGCCCCCAGCAUGGCCCUGCUGGGCUGCCCAGCCACGUCGUUGUACCCGCUCGCCUGCUGCGGGCUAGUCUUUCUCGUCCUCCUCCUGCUCUUGUUCACCCGGACCCGCUGCGGUCGACCCCGCUGGGGCAUCCCCGGCCUGAUCAUGGCCCGCAGCGAGAGGUUGCUUUUUCGGAUCGGGUACAACCUGUAUGCACGCACCUGGCUGGGUUAUCUCUUGUACCGAAAACAACUUCAGAGGGCAAGACAUCGUUAUCCCGAUGGUCACUCAGCUGUCCAGCCACGAGUCUUUAAUGGAGUGAAGGUGCUGCCCAUUCCAGUCCUUCUUGACAACUAUAGCUACCUCAUCAUUGACACCCAGUCCAAACUAGCUGUAGCUGUGGACCCUUCAGAUCCACGGGCUGUCCAGGCCUGCAUUGAAAAGGAAGGGGUCUCCUUGGUUGCCAUUCUCUGUACCCACAAACACUGGGACCACAGCGGGGGCAACAGGGAAUUGAGACGGCAUAAUAGAGGAUGCCGAGUCUACGGGAACCCUCAGGAUGGCAUUGCUCACCUCACUCAUCCCCUCUGUCAUCGGGAUAUGGUGAGUGUGGGGAGGCUUCAGUUCCAGGCUCUGGCCACCCCAGGUCAUACCCGGGGCCACAUGAUCUAUAUGCUGGAUGGAGAACCCUACAAAGGCCCCUCCUGCCUCUUUUCAGGAGAUGUUCUCUUCCUCUCUGGCUGUGGGAGAAUAUUUGAAGGGUCACCUGCAACUAUGUUGAACUCGCUGGACCUCAUCAUGGGCCUGGGAGAUGAUACUUUGCUUUGGCCUGGUCAUGAGUAUGCGGAGGAGAACCUGAGCUUUGCGGGUCUAGUGGAACCAGAAAAUAUGGCCCGAGAGAAGAAAAUGCAGUGGGUUCAGCAGCAGCGCCUGGAAUAUAAGAGCACGUGCCCAUCAACCAUUGGAGAGGAGAAGACAUACAACCCAUUCCUGAGGACCCACUGCCUUGCUCUUCAAGAGGCCCUGGGACCGCUACCUGGCCCUGGAGGGGAUGCUGGCCCUUCUAGAGCUCGACUACUUGAAGAACUUCGGAGGCGCAAGGAUCAGCACAAGGGCAAAUGAUACCCCUGUUUGCUGGGGUCCCUUUUAAUUCUCCAUUCCCUUCCUUCCCUAUCAUUAGUACAUUUGCCCUCCCCAGUAUUGCUUCUUUUCCCCUCACUCUGACAGAGGAGGGAGCAGAAAAAGGCAUUGACUUCAUGGUAGACUUCAAAAGGAGGUUGUGGAUGAUGGGGUUCAUGGGUAGGGAGAAGAGAGAAAGGAAAUAAAGAGUAUUCCCCCCCUCCCUCAGUGCCUACUGCUGCCCCCCCACCUUGGUCCUGGGGUUUCCUUAAGGGUAGGUUGGGAGUCUAUGAAGAAACUGGACACUUGGGGUCUUCUGGGUCAGCCUGUCUAUCUUGACCUAUCUCUGCUACCCUACCCCUUGACCUCCACCACUGGAAGCCUCCAUCCAUCCAAAUCCUGGCUGUCCAAUGCUGCUUUUUCCCACUGAAGACUCUAAGUAGAAUCCAGUGCCAGAGGAGGCAGGAGGGAGGGAAGGUCAGGUGAGAUGAGGGCCACUGGGACUUAGAUCUAGUCCUCUCUAACCUCUCUCUUCACACCUUCCCUCCAGGGAGUUUGAAAUAAAAUCCUUCAACAGGAUCAGCUAAUGCUGGGCUUCUUUUGGAAAAGGUUGUGGGGUUCAAUGUCUGUCUAGCUUUGGUUCUCCCAGAACAACUCCCUGCCUUCAAAAACAAAAUCCCUUUGUCUACUGGUUUCCCUGGUGCCAACACUUCCUAGAGAACUCCUCUUUGUAGUCAGCCCCAAGGACCAAAAAAAAAAAAAUAGAAAAUCAAGGGAGUCAUCCCUUUUUACAUCCAGGUGCUCCUCUUCCCUUGAGUGUAUUUCAAUGCUUCAUCCCCUACUCCAACUCACAAAAAGAAAACAUUGCUUAAGAUCACCUUGCUUAGACUACAAACCCAAGACCCUAGAGAGGCAUUGAUGAAGUUCCUAAAAAUAGGGACUUGCCUAUUCUAGUAGGUAUGACACAUUUCAGCAUCAGGAGCCCCCAAGGGUCAUACUGACCAAUCACUUUGCCUCUGCUGGGCUGGUGGCCCCUCCUUCAGAGAGAUCCCAGAGCCUCUCUCCCUCAUGAUAAGUCUUCUCUAUAACCUAAAUCCUUCCUGCCCAACUCUCAAUCUAUUUCCUUCUAUCUUUAGCAGAGAUUGGAAAAUAACUGGAAUGUGAAAUAACCCUUCUGACUGAAAAUCAAUUAUUGAACUUCUUCAGCCCUUCCCUAUAAUUUUCUUUUACCGGACCUCUGAUUUCAUUGGUAUGAUAAGCUCCCUAAGAGGAUGCUCCCUUUCCCAAUGCAAAUUGCCAUCUGCAACAGAAAUAGUCUUGAGAGUUGGCUGGGGCAUCCAGCCAGUUUGUGUCAGAAGCAGGACCUGAACCCAGGUCUUUCUGGCUGGGAGGUCUGUUCUGCAACCACUUUUGCUUUUGUUCUUUAUAAAUAUUGACUGGUUAAUGGUUUGUUUUGUUUGGGUUUUUGUUUGAAAGAGUUAAUCUUUACUUAAGUAAGAUUAUAGCAGUAUCAAAGACAAGCUUGAAGUGAUAAUAAUUCUGAUUUGAAUGGAGUGAAAACAGCAUUGCACAUUUCCAUUUUUUGGAGCUAUCUAGCUUUUAAGGUUUAGGUUAGCCUAGCCACUUUUAUCCAAACCCCCAGAAUAAUACAUCAUUAUUGUUUUAAGACCAAUGGUUCAGAUGGGCCAGAGUCCAGUUAAACCUCUGCUCCUUCUUAAGACAGUCUGUCUGCUGUAGACAAGAGGAUUUUCUUCUUAGUAUUCUUGCCCUGACCCUUCUCUAUAAACUAUAUCAGAAAUUUUCCUUGCUAUAAAUUCACAACUUUCUAGCCAAUUGAGGCUUACCAGCCUAAGGUGGGAAGCCAGUCAGACACCCCUCCUAGAGAGCUUGACCCUGUCUCUCUUCCCCCUCCCAAAGCAACCCUAUGGAGAGAGAUGGCCCCAGGUGUGCCCAAUACAAGAGGAAUAACUUCAUCAGUCCAGAAAGUGCCUCUUUCUGGACCCUCUUCUUCCCACAACCUAGUGAUCGUUGUACCAGACCCUGACCCCUCUGGUGUUUCUUUGCCCCACAAGUGACUGUGAUCCAAUUGUAUCUUUGUGCUCUGUGUUCCCUUACUUCCCCACUUGUAUCGCGUUAAGCCACUAGCCUUCCCUUGUGAGUUAAUGUAUCCCUAAUAAAAGUUUAUUUUUUUUUGCAUU